AUGGUGUUCCAUUACUCCGACCGCAAAGAAGCAAAAGCGAGCGACGGACUUCGGGUGUGUUCGGGUCCGAUCCGCACUAAAUGUUGUGAAACGAGCAGUAAACUGGUUGGAAUGAAGCUGACUCCGUUCGCGUCAUCUUGCCUGCAGCGCAAGGUUCUUCACAAACCAGCCAGCAAGCCAGUCAGCAACUCAGCCAGUAAGUCAGACAGCAACCCAGCCAGCAAGCCAGUCAGCAACCCAGCCAGCAAGCCAGUCAGCAACCCAGCCAGCAAGCCAGUCAGCAAGACAAUCAGCAACCCAGCAAACAAACAAGCCAGGCGGGCAGUAAUUACACUGGACGCGCACACGCGACGAUCGGGAAGUUUUGAAGAAGAGGAGAAAGAAAGAAAGAAAGAAAAAAUAUGGCGGAGGGCGGAAGGUUGUUUUGGAGGAGAGCCAAUGCAGUUGGGGAACAGGCACCAGACCGAAAGGCACCGGACCGAAAGGCACCAGACUGAAAGGCACCAGACCGAAAGGCACCAGACCGUAAGGCACCAGACUGAAAGGCACCAGACUGAAAGGCACCAGACCGAAAGGCACCAGACCGUAAGGCACCAGACCGAAAGGCACCAGACUGAAAGGCACCAGACCGAAAGGCACCAGACUGAAAGGCACCAGACUGAAAGGCACCAGACCGAAAGGCACCAGACCGUAAGGCACCAGACUGAAAGGCACCAGACUGAAAGGCACCAGACCGAAAGGCACCAGACCGUAAGGCACCAGACCGUAAGGCACCAGACUGAAAGGCACCAGACCGAAAGGCACCAGACUGAAAGGCACCAGACUGAAAGGCACCAGACCGAAAGGCACCAGACUGAAAGGCACCAGACCGAAAGGCACCAGACCGUAAGGCACCAGACCGAAAGGCACCAGACUGAAAGGCACCAGACCGAAAGGCACCAGACUGAAAGGCACCAGACCGAAAGGCACCAGACCGUAAGGCACCAGACCGAAAGGCACCAGACUGAAAGGCACCAGACCGAAAGGCACCAGACUGAAAGGCACCAGACUGAAAGGCACCAGACCGAAAGGCACCAGACCGUAAGGCACCAGACUGAAAGGCACCAGACUGAAAGGCACCAGACUGAAAGGCACCAGACCGAAAGGCACCAGACCGUAAGGCACCAGACUGAAAGGCACCAGACUGAAAGGCACCAGACUGAAAGGCACCAGACCGUAAGGCACCAGACUGAAAGGCACCAGACUGAAAGGCACCAGACCGAAAGGCACCAGACCGAAAGGCACCAGACUGAAAGGCACCAGACUGAAAGGCACCAGACCGAAAGGCACCAGACCGAAAGGCACCGGACCGUAAGGCACCAGACCGAAAGGCACCAGACCGAAAGGCACCAGACCGAAAGGCACCAGACCGAAAGGCACCAGACCGAAAGGCACCAGACUGAAAGGCACCAGACCGAAAGGCACCAGACCGAAAGGCACCAGACUGAAAGGCACCAGACUGAAAGGCACCGGACCGUAAGGCACCAGACCGAAAGGCACCAGACCGAAAGGCACCGGACCGUAAGGCACCAGACCGAAAGGCACCAGACCGAAAGGCACCAGACUGAAAGGCACCAGACUGAAAGGCACCAGACCGAAAGGCACCAGACCGAAAGGCACCAGACCGAAAGGCACCAGACUGAAAGGCACCAGACUGAAAGGCACCAGACUGAAAGGCACCGGACCGUAAGGCACCAGACCGAAAGGCACCAGACCGAAAGGCACCGGACCGUAAGGCACCAGACCGAAAGGCACCAGACUGAAAGGCACCAGACCGAAAGGCACCAGACUGAAAGGCACCAGACCGAAAGGCACCAGACUGAAAGGCACCAGACCGAAAGUCACCAGACCGAAAGGCACCAGACCGAAAGGCACCAGACCGUAAGGCACCAGACCGAAAGGCACCAGACCGAAAGGCACCAGACCGAAAGGCUCUAG